ACUUAUUAAAUAGUUCUUUGCUACUGUGAGACAAUGAGUCGGUUUGUUGCUGGAUUUGCGUUGCUUUUGUUACUAUGCUUUGGAUUCAACGAUGCGCAAUCUGAAGAUAUAGCAAAUUGUGAAGUUCUGGAUGAAGCCAACUUCGAGGAAUCGGUUAAAAGUGCAAACUACUUUGUGAUGUUCUAUGCUCCAUGGUGUGGCCACUGCAAAAGGUUGAAACCCAAGUGGAAUGAGUUCUGUGGGAAGAUGAACUCUGAAACUUCGGAGACAAAGAUUGCAGCCGUUGAUUGCACCGUUGAAUCAUACACGUGUAAGAAGCAUGGCGUGUCGGGAUAUCCAACGCUGAAGAUGUACAAGAAAGGCAUUCUUGACGGGACCAAGUAUACUGGCGGCCGCGAAAUUGAAGCGUUUGAGAAGUUCAUCAAAGCAACUUUGAACCCAGAAUCUGUGGAGCCGGAACCGACAGUGGAGCCGUGUAGUGUGCCAUCUGGUGAUAACGGACUUCUAGAGCUGCAGGAUUGUAACUUCGAAGAGGGCGUGAAGACUGGCCACAGUUUGGUCAAGUUCUACGCUCCAUGGUGUGGCCACUGUAAGCGUAUGGCGCCUGCUUGGGCAGAGUUGGCUGCUAACUUGGCCUCAGUCGACAAUGUGAACAUUGUGAAGUUGGAUUGCACCAAGUACAAGUCAGUGUGUGGCAAAUUUGACGUCCACGGAUUCCCAACUGUCAAGUACAUCAAGGACGGAAAAGAGGUUGAAAAAUAUACAGGAGGCCGAGACGUUACUUCUCUGACAAACUUCCUAAACAACCGCGUGAACGGAACAGAAAUUUCGACUGGGGAUCAGGUCGAGGAAUCAAAGAAGAAGUGUAGCAAGUCCAAACCCAAUGAGAAGGGAAUGUGGGAGCUAGUGGACUGUCAGUUCGCCCACCAUAUCAGUCACAACGACGCCUUCGUCAUGUUCUACGCGCCUUGGUGUGGGCAUUGCAAGAAGCUGAUGCCGACAUGGGAAAAACUGGCCGAGAGUUACCAGAGUUAUUUGUCAAUCAGAAUAAGUCGAAUUGACUGUACGAACAACAAGGAGAGCUGUGCCAAAUACAAAGUGAAAGGAUUCCCGACUUUGAUCUACUUCAGACAAGGGAAAGAGCUCGGAAGUUACUCAGGUGCCAGGGAAUUCGAGGCCUUACGCGAGUUUGUAGAGAACAAAUUAGCCGCAAUUGUACUUCCUGAGAGGGGGUCCAAACAGGGCAAGGAGACUGCUCGACAGGUGGGAACUCUGGAAUCGGUAGAACAAUUUGAGACAAUGCGCAAGGACAUUAGACAUGCCUUCGUCACUAUCUUCUAUCACGCAUCUAUUGACCAGCACGUGAAGGACAGGGACGUGUAUCAUGACUUCAAAGACAGACUCAUGAAAGGAGUGGACUUUUACGAAGUGGACUGUGGAGUGGCCGAGAAGCUAUGCAAGCACCAAAAGGCAUUUAGUGACGACGAAACUUUUGUGAUGUUCUACAUGGGUACUAAAGCUUACAAGAUGGACUCUGCGAUUGAGAAGACGACAGACAACUUGAAGUCAUUCGUGAAGCAAAGCAUGAAGGAUGCCAUAGCAUACAUGCGAGACGAGUUAUAGUCGUCAUUAGUAUAGUGUGACUAUUCUCUGUUUCUGAUUCUACUACAUAUGCGAUGAAAAUUCCACGAAAGGUCUUUUGGACAGGGAGAGGGUGGCAACUUUAUGCUGGUCGUACUACUAUAAGUGCUAUUCAUUAUCCCAUUAUUACUUCUACUUUUCACUAAAGCUUACCAAGCACUUUUGUAUUCAGUUGGGACCAAAUUGAGUCUUUGUAUAUUUUUGAUUGUUGGCACUGAAUAAGAUGCACAAUAUCGUACCAUAAUCUCUAAAUUAUGAAUUUACGUGGUUGUGAGCGAUUAGUUGGUAUGUAUUGUGUCUUUUUGAAUUAUUGUUUGUCCUGACAUGAUUUGAUAUAAUGAUCAGCUGUAUGUUUUAAAUGAGGCACUGGUGUCUUAACUUAUUUCGGUGAGUCACCAAGUUCCAAUUGCGUGAGUUGUGCUAAUUCAUUCAUUGUUGUUUCCUCUGUCCCGUGUAAAUCUAUGUUAUGCCCGACUGUGCCAUGUUGGUUAUAACAAUUUGCUCUGUUCCAUCGAUACAAAUCUGAUAUCUUAUUUACGUGGUCUCCUCUCUUUCCUUGUCCUGACUCUUUCACGCUUAUCGUCCUUACAUAACAUUAUCUUCCCCUUGGUGCUGAAAUCAUUUGUAUUUAUUAGGAAAACUGCUUAACAUUUAAGCAAAAAAAUUAUCUUAUGUAACUAUCAGAUUAAUUAUUUUGGUGAGCAGUAAAAUUUGUAAAAAUCUGGA